AUGUCGACUACACCUAUGGACACCAACAAGCGUUCCAACUCUCGUUCUCGAACAUCAAGACCUACAACCCCUCUUCGACCUUCGUCACGAUCUUCUUUUCGCGACUCUGCACGAGGUGCCGGCGAUCACGAUGCGCCGUUUCCGUUAAAUGCGUUCGAGCCGGCAUUCGCCGAGCUAUCUGACGCCAUGGCUGAUCUCGAAGCGAAUAUGAUGCACUUCCAGCUUAUGCAUGAAAGUCUGGCAAGAUUCAGCGAAUCAUUCGCGAGUUUUCUUUAUGGAUUGAAUAUGAAUGCUUUCUGUGUCGAUUUCCCCGAGGGACCCGUCCCUGAAUCCUUCCGUCGAGAUAGAACCCGACAGGAGCAACCAGCCGUAACCCCAUCGAAAUCCGAGGCUGAUGCAGAAAUGACAUUCAUGACCACGGAUACAUCUUUCGUCGAGAAUCCACCAACGACCGCAAAGACAUCCAAAUUCACUACACCAGAGCCUCCGAAGCGACAAUCACGUCUUCCUGCAGCCCCCGGUCGAGGAACAACAGCGCGAGGAAGAUCGACACGCGGAGUUGGACGAAGCCGGCCUAGUGGGCUUGCCAGAGCGCGCGGUCGAGGUGUCAGGUGA